AUGGUCGACGAGAACGAGCUGCUGCAGGAGGCCGUGGCGGCCGAGAAGAGCAAGGCCAGAGAGAUGCAGGAGGCCGUGGCGGCCAAGGAGGCCAAGAUCGAAAACCUGAGGGAGAACCUGACCGAGAUCCAGGAGGAGCUCGAUGCCGCGAAGGAGGCCAAGCGCCCGCUGCACAACACCAUGCAGCAGGCCUUGAUCGAUGAGCUCACGGAGCAGCUCAACUCCCUGAGGGAGGCAAACAGGAUUGCGGAGGCCAGGGCAGUGGAUUUGAUGUGCGCGCUGAGGUCGGAGGAGAUGAGGCACAAGAGGGAGAAGGAUGAGCUCAUGCAGAGGCUGCGGGGGUGCGAGCACAUCAGCGAGGAGGACCGGGACGCGGAGAUGAACGAGCUCAGGGAGAGGCUGCUGAGCACGGAACAGGACAAGAACGUGCUCGCGAACGACUUCGAGUGGAAGGAGCUCCAGUGGAAGACCCAGGUCGAGGACGCACAGCGCGAGUUGGCCGAUGUGAAGAGGCGGCUGGCCAGCGAGGCGGCCAAGCACCAGUCCCACGCCGCGGCGCUGGAGGCGAGCGCCAAGGCGCUGCAGGCCCAGGCAGCACCGCCGGCCGACCCCCAGCGGGCAGCGGCCGAGCCAGCCUUCGGCCUUCGCUGGUUCUCGGGCGGG